AUGUCACAGAGCGGCCAAACGGGAACCACACGGAAAUGGGACGAAUAUGAGAAUGACCAGACGCAAAAGGGAACCACACUGAAAACGGACGAAGAUGAGGAGAAUGAUCCGACGGAAAAGGGACCGGUGACGAAGAAGAGACGCCGUCUCCGGGAUUCCGUACCACCGGGCGGAGGACAUCCAUCAUCCACGAAGAUAUUAUUGGAUAAUUUACAACUUCUGCUUGCUGGGAUUUGGGCAGAAGACAGUGAUUCGCAGCUUAGAGCUACGAGUAUCAAUAUAAACCUCAUACGGACUGUGUUAUCCAAACUUCAGUAUGAGGCAGCUUGGGCGCUUACCCACAUUGCUUCAGAGAACCAGAAAGUUAUUGUCGAAAAUGGUGCUAUCGCACUAUUCGUCCACCUCCUCGGAUCUGCUAGGAAAGAUGUCCGCGCGAUGGUGGUGGGGGCUUUAGGAAAUAUUGCUGGAGGUUCCAUUGAAUACCGCAAUCUUGUGUUAAGUCAGAACGCCAUGGCCCCACUUCUUUCUCAAUUCAAGGAUCCUAUGAAGCCACAAGCGCUGAGGAAUGCUGCAUGGACGCUAUCAAACUUCUGCUGUGGAAAACCAAAGCCUUCAUUUGAACAGACAAAACCAGCUCUACCGGUUCUUGAGCGCCUUGUGCAAUCAACAGACGAAGAGGUUCUCACAAAGACAUGUUCGGCUCUGUCAUACCUCUCUGAUGGUUCAAACGACAGAAGAGAGGCAGUUAUCAAUGCAGGCAUCAUUCCUCACCUCAUCAAGCUCAUAUCUCAUUCGUCGCCAUUAGUACUGAUUCCUGCCCUUCAUACCAUUGGAAACAUUGUAACCGGUAAUGAUGACCAGACUCUUGUUGCGGUGCUUCAGACAGCAUAUUUUGAAGUAAAAGAAGAAGCUGCUUGUGAGAUCUCAAAGGCUACUCAUAAUAAAAUCAAGUUUCUGGUGAAGCAAGGCUGUAUCAAUCCGAUAUGCAAUCUUCUUGCCUGCCAAUAUCCAAGCAUCAUAACUGCUAGCUUAGUAGCAUUAGAAAGCAUUCUCAGGGUUGGGGAAGCAGAGAAGAACUUGGGUCAAGCUAACGUCUACGCUUCAAUGAUAGUCGAAGCAGAAGGACAUAAGAAGAUUCAGAAUCUUCACUGUCAUGACAACAAUGAUGUUAACCAAAAAGCUGCGAAGAUCCUCAAAACCUUUUGGACAGAAGACGGACAAGGCAACGAUGAAAAGCACGCUUCGCGAUCCGGUUCUUAG